GUCCUCACUGAGGGCGGACGGAUACAGACGCUUUUUUUCGUCAGCUGUUGACGUGCGGUUAUCGAACGUGUCGCCUAUGAACUGGACUAUUGUCGCGCGGCUGCCGAGCGCCGCAACGUUGCCUGUGCGCUGCUCCGUGCUCCCCUACGUCUGCGCUUGUUUUGGUUUCGCCCAAACUUGGUUCAGAUUUGAGUUGCUCUGCUGCCUUCUGGAAUCGCGCGAUUGGAGGAGAAGGACCGCCAGUUCCCCGCUCUGCCCCUUCUGUCAAUGGCUCUCGGGACUUAUUUCAUUUGAAUGUCUGGGCUCCUUAAGUGACUAAUAAUGGAUAUUCUCUGGAUACUGUGGACUAUACCUGCCGUCAUAGCUGUCGAAGAGACCCUGAUGGACUCCACCACAGCCACGGCAGAGCUGGGCUGGACGGUCUACCCCGUGUCAGGGACGAGCGACAACAGCUGGGAGGAAGUGAGCGGUUAUGAUGAAAACAUGAACACCAUAAGGACGUACCAGGUCUGUAACGUCUUCGACAGCAACCAGAACAACUGGGUACGGACAAAAUACAUACGGCGUCGGGGCGCUCAGCGGAUCCACGUGGAGAUGAAGUUCUCCGUGAGGGACUGCAGUAGCAUCCCAAAUGUACCCGGCUCAUGCAAAGAGACUUUCAACCUGUACUACUAUGAGUCCGAUUCAGACACGGCCAACAGGAACUCUCCGCCCUGGAUGGAAAACCCGUGGAUCAAGGUUGACACCAUCGCAGCAGACGAGAGCUUUUCCCAAGUGGACCUUGGAGGCAGAGUGAUGAAGAUCAACACUGAGGUCAGGAGCUUUGGCCCUGUGUCAAAGAACGGCUUCUACCUGGCCUUCCAGGACUACGGAGGCUGCAUGUCGCUCAUCGCCGUCCGGGUUUUCUACCGGAAGUGUCCUCGGAUCAUCACCAACGGGGCGCUGUUCCAGGAGACGCUAUCAGGCGCUGAGAGCACCUCCCUCGUGGCUGCGAGGGGAGUUUGCAUUCCCAACGCAGAGGAGGUGGACGUGCCCAUCAAGCUCUACUGCAACGGGGAUGGAGAGUGGAUGGUGCCGAUUGGCCGCUGUAUGUGCAAAGCCGGAAAUGAGGCGGUGGAAAACGGAACUGUUUGUCGAGCCUGCCCAUCGGGGUUUUUCAAGUCCACCCAGGGGGAUCAACUCUGCCUGCAAUGCCCCAUCAACAGCCGCACCACCAGCGAAGGCGCCAUCAACUGCGUUUGCCGCAACGGAUAUUACCGCACCGACUCUGAUCCUCUCCAGAUGCCCUGCACCACCGUCCCCUCAGCUCCACAGGCUGUGAUCUCCAGCGUGAACGAGACCUCCGUGAUGCUGGAGUGGAUGUCUCCCCGGGAUUCUGGGGGCCGUGAGGACGUCGUCUACAACAUCAUCUGCAAGAGCUGCGGCGGCGGGCGGGGAGGGUGCACCCGCUGUGGGGACAACGUUCAGUUUGUACCCCGUCAGCUGGGCCUGACAGAAUCCCGGGUCUACAUCAGUGACCUGCUGGCCCACACGCAGUACACGUUUGAGGUGCAGGCUGUCAACGGGGUGUCAGACCAGAGCCCCUACUCCCCCCAAUACGCCUCGGUCAACAUCACCACUAACCAGGCCGCUCCGUCUACGGUGUCUAUUAUGCACCAGGUGAGCCGCAGUGUGGACAGCAUCACCCUUUCCUGGUCCCAACCGGACCAGCCGAACGGAGUCAUCUUGGACUACGAACUGCAGUAUUAUGAAAAGGAUCUAUCGGAACACAACGCCAGCACCAUCAGGAGCCAAACCAACACGGUGGUCAUCCGGGGUCUCAAGCCAGGAAGCAUCUACGUGUUCCAGGUCCGGGCGCGGACCGUGGCCGGGUUUGGACGUUACAGUGGCAAGCUGUACUUCCAGACCAUGACGGAGGAGGAAUACAACACGAGCAUUCAGGAGAAACUCCCGCUCAUCAUUGGCUCGGCUGCAGCGGGGUUGGUCUUCCUCAUUGCCCUGGUGGUCAUCAUCAUUGUGUGUAACCGGAGGCGUGGCUUCGACAGGCAUGAUUCAGAGUACACAGACAAGCUGCAGCACUACACCAGCGGCCACAUGACUCCAGGAAUGAAGAUUUACAUCGAUCCAUUCACGUAUGAGGACCCCAACGAGGCUGUGAGGGAGUUCGCCAAGGAGAUCGACAUAUCAUGCGUGAAGAUUGAGCAGGUCAUCGGUGCAGGAGAGUUUGGCGAAGUGUGCAGCGGAAACCUAAAGCUUCCGGGUAAAAGGGAGAUGUUUGUAGCCAUUAAAACCCUGAAGUCUGGCUACACCGAAAAGCAAAGGCGGGACUUCCUGAGUGAAGCCAGCAUCAUGGGGCAAUUUGACCAUCCUAACGUCAUUCACCUGGAGGGCGUGGUCACCAAGAGCAGUCCUGUCAUGAUCAUCACUGAGUUCAUGGAGAACGGAUCUCUGGACACUUUCCUCAGACAAAAUGACGGGCAGUUCACGGUGAUCCAGCUGGUCGGAAUGCUGCGAGGCAUCGCCUCAGGCAUGAAGUAUCUCGCCGACAUGAAUUACGUGCACCGCGACCUCGCGGCCCGGAACAUCCUGGUCAAUAGCAACCUCGUUUGCAAAGUGUCAGACUUCGGCCUCUCCCGCUUCUUGGAGGACGAUACAUCCGACCCCACUUACACAAGUGCUCUGGGGGGGAAGAUCCCUAUCCGAUGGACUGCCCCCGAGGCCAUCCAGUACAGGAAGUUCACCUCUGCCAGCGAUGUGUGGAGCUACGGGAUCGUCAUGUGGGAAGUCAUGUCGUACGGAGAGAGGCCUUACUGGGACAUGACCAACCAAGAUGUCAUCAACGCCAUAGAGCAGGACUACCGGCUCCCCCCGCCAAUGGACUGUCCCAGUGCGCUGCACCAGCUGAUGCUGGACUGCUGGCAAAAGGACCGCAACAACCGGCCCAAGUUCAGCCAGAUCGUAAACAACCUCGACAAGAUGAUCCGCAACCCCAACACCCUGAAGGCCAUGACUCCUCUGUCUUCGGGUGUUCAUCUCCCCCUCCUGGAUCGCAGCAUUCCAGACUUUUCUACCUUCAGCUCUGUGGAUGAGUGGCUGGACGCCAUCAAGAUGGGCCAGUACAAAGACAACUUUGCCAAUUCGGACUUUUCUACGUUUGAUGUGGUCUCUCAGAUGACUAUGGAGGACAUCCUGAGGGUCGGUGUGACGCUAGCAGGCCACCAGAAGAAGAUCCUCAACAGCAUCCAGACGAUGCGGGCGCAGAUGAACCAGAUCCAGUCGGUGGAGGUUUGACCCCGAAAAGAGUCCGGGGGGGGGGGGCUCUGGGUGUGGAGGAUGGAGAGGAUGCUUUUUUUUUCCCCUCUUCCUCUUUGGCGUGACAGUGUGUCUGGUCUUCCCACCGGGCUUCCAUCCGGCCCCAGAUGCCCCCCCCCCCCUUUCCCCCUCAGUCCCCCCCCCCACACGCAUCCCCCUGACUCUCGUGGUCAGAAGAGCUGGACAGUAGCAGAGUCUGCCGUUUCCAGAACCAGAACCAGGAGGUUUUGACACAACCAGCAACGUUUUCCCCCAAAUCUUCCACCAUUUGAUGUUUGGACUGUUUUUGUUUUGUUUGCUCUGCUAAUUUUGUAAAGUUUUUAUUUUUAUUUUAAAGGAAAAGGAGACAAACUGAGAAGGAAUGGAGUUUAUCUCAAUUUAGAGAGGCUAUGAAGUUGUACACUAGAGGAACCGAGCAGCAAAGUUACCCUUUAAAAGGGCAGAAACGAAGAAGGUCGGGACGCCAUCCUCAAAGUGGCGUGGAUUCAGUUUUCAGUUUGGACUCGCGCUGAGCGUCUGCCGGGCGACCUGUGGAGGAAAGAGGGGGGGGGGACCCCACGUGGAUCAGAGAACUUGUUGCAAAGACUGAUGUCAGUGCGACUGGAAAUUCACGUCACGCACCUCAGAUGAAGAAAAAUGUUUGGGCUUUUUCUCACUGCGAGGAUUUUUCUAUAAUUGUGGACACUUUGUGAUGAAGAGUUCCUCUCACCAUUUUUUUUUUUACCUUUCACAGUGAAAUAGUCACAACCUGCCAAAUAGACCUUGUUGUCCUCACUCCUGUGCUGUACAUAUCAGGAACCUUCCACGCCAUGAUGAUUCAGGAACCACGUUUGGGGGAGGAGACGGCGUGACGUGCUCCUCAUCUCCGGGUUCUAGCCGGUGCUGUUCUUUACGUCAGACUCGAUCUCUCGUUGUUCAACGUGCACGCUUUGCACACACGUGCACGGAGAAGCGGUAGCUCCUGGAGUCUUGGGACGUCACACGAUUUUCUUCAGUGACUUAUAGUUCGACUUUGACCAACUUAACAUAACUUUUUAGUAAACAUUUUCUUCUGCACCCUCAUCAGUAGAACUUAGAGACAUCCAUUGAAAGAAGAAACAAAUAUGAGGUUCAUAUUAUUGCGAUUUGUGUCUGAAGGGUUUUGUUUCUGCACUGAAUCUGGUCUCUAACUCCAGCAAACUCUUCCUUUCAGCUCCUGAAGUCACUUUGUUUCAGGUUUCUGCAGACAUGAGUGGUUUUGUUUGGCCGUCGUCGUGUUGCUGGCCGGGUUUGUGAGGAAAAACGGGGCGAGCGCUCAGCCACACGGCGCUCCCCGCUGAGCUUCCCCCCUGUAGCCGACAGGCAGACACGGCGGUCCAGCUGUGAGCCAUCAGUCAGACGCGUCGGGUCCCGGCAGGCGGCCCCGCCCCGGUCGCAGGCGCUCUGAUCACACACACGCCUGUCCACCACCUGUCUGCUGCUCCUCUGAUCGGCUGUGGACAGUUGUCCAUUUUUGUCUGGACAGCGGUUUCAUUUUUGCUCAGAUUGCUUCUCUCUUCCACACUCUCCUAACCUCAGAACCCUACCUGAGCCUUCAAGGUGUUAAUGGGUCGAGUGCCAAAGUGACCUCACUUCCUGCAUCAUCCCACUUUGAUUCAGAGUGGGGUUGUGCUCGCCGGUCCUCCCCUGGGUUUAAAAGUGUCUGCAGAAUGACACACCAGAGCAAACGUUUCCCUGGAAGCUCUUCAAAGCGGUGCUGCAUGAUGCUGAAGGGGGAGGGGGGGGCGACUCUAAAGCUGCCGGAGCUUCGUGUCGUUCUUCACCUGUGGCUCAUCUUCUGUUUGCUUCUCUGCGUUUUAACAGCUGAUCAGACUUCAUUAGUCCGGUAGCUUAGCGAUAAAAACCUCUAUGUUCGUCUUAAGUAUGCACCACAGAGGUUUCUUCUUCUUCUUCUUGUUUUUUGUCCACGCCAGCCCCAUUAAACUCAUUGGAAUGCAUGUCUAUAGAUGCUGCUAAGGCUUUGAGGUAUUAGUGGAGUAAUUAUCCUUGACAUUGCUUGAACUGAGUGAAGCUGAAAUUGGUUUAUAUUUCCCUUUUUGCUGGAUUUUCUUCUUACAGAGUAUUUUUCACAGGGUUUUCUAGUCACUAUAAAGACGUUUGAAGAGCAGCUGAUGGCGGACUUUUGGUUUAUGAAUCUUUGCUUUGGCAUCUUCUUAAGAAUCUUUAUUUUUUUCCUGUGAUUUAGUUUUAUUUGAGCAACACUAUUGUCUGCUGAAAAACUGCAAGUCAAAGUUCAGAGGCACUUUGAGCAUAUCCAGAGGAGUGAAGACGGCGAGCGAUGACGGCGAGCGUGUAAAUAGUUGAAAAUAUUUGUUGCACAGCAGUUGUUUGCAGCUAACUUUACACAGCCUGCCCGUCGUAUUCAACUCUCCGGUUGUAGUUGAGGAGGUGUUUUCUCUGAUGCUGUGCAGUUGUGAUAGUUUGACAUGUUUGCCAUCUGUAGAAGCACUCAACCUUCCUCCUCCUCCUCCUCCUCAGCGUUUGCCACCUUCAGAAGGACGUCUCAGAGUCACAUGAUAGCGUGGGUAAACAUCCCAACGCCGCUUCACUUACAUGAGGGUCAGAGCCAGGCGGACAGAAAAUGGCUCCUGGCGAGCAGCUGCAGCACACAGCUCUAGAGCGCCCUCUGCUGUCACUGGACUGAAGUUUCCCGUCCACUCAGUUGGUCUGUGAACGCACCAUUGGCCAGUGUGCUGAUGGAUGAGCAGCGGCUGCUGCUGCCCGCGGGUUUCCCGCCAAACGCCGUGGAAUCAUGGCUCUCCUCCUGUGUGAUCCUUUCUUCCUCCAUCUUUGUAGCCACACUCACCUGCCCCCUUCACUGCUCUGCUGGGACGGAGGGGGGGCCCUUCAUACCCCCCCGGCCUGUGAGACCUUCAUCACAGACCACUGUGACGGAUGUGGGGGUCCUGUACUUCUGUAUAAAUGUAAAUGGGCUGUAACCCUGUGAAUGAUGUAACAAUUUCUUUAUUUGUAAAAUGGUCUUUGGUUUAUUUUCUAAAAUGGAAAGCCCGACCCGAUUCUCCUCAAUAAAAAAAAGAAAAGAUCUGUUAUUAAAAAAACUACCAUGAGGAGCUUCUCCUUUAUUUUUCUGCUUAUUUAAGCCAAAUAAAUUCAUAGUUAAUGA